ACAAAAAUUACAUGCCUUAUUAUUUAAUGUAAUUUAUUGGAUUAUAUUAAAGAGCCUUGGAUACAAAUCCAGCCAGACGCCGCACCGACGAGGCCCCUUGUGAUUUUCUACGGACAAUAUGAGAUGAUGCGAAAUUCGGUUCUUUGAUUUUUUUUAUUUUUUAUUUUCUUUCUUUCUUGAGAUUUCAUUCUUCUCGGCAAUUCACUGUAAAACCCUACACUUCGAGCCCAUUUCAUUUGUGUUUCCAGAAUUUCAUGCUCUCCCCGCUUUCAGUUUUCUUCUAGUCUUCGUUUCUUUUUUAUUUCAUUUUGGGAGUUAUGUGCUUCCAACAACUCUGUGAUUGAAGAGAAUUGUUGGUCCUGUUUAAUGAGCCGGAGGAUUGGUAUACGAUGAGCAGCAGUUGCAUCCAAGGAUGGACGAGCUGCCGGGAGCAUUUGGCACCAGCGCCAGCUUCGCUCUUCGACUGGGGCAGACCGUCUUCUCCUCAGCUUCUCUUCUCUUUAUGUGUUUGGGUGUCGAAUUCUACAGCUAUACUCCUUUCUGCUAUUUGGUGACAGUCAUGGGCUUGGUUAUCCCAUGGAGCGUAACAUUGUUAGUAGUGGAUGCUUACUGUGUCUUCAUAAAAUGUUUACCUCAUCAGCGGAGGAUCAUAUCAAUCAUCGUCUUGGGAGACAUGGUAUUGUCUUAUCUCUCACUGGCCGCAGCAUGUUCAACAGCCAGUGUCACAGAUAUCCUGCUUGAUGUUGGCAGAUCCUAUUGCCCAACGAGGUUUUGUGGUAGAUAUCAGUUGUCUGCUGCAAUGGCUUUCUUGUCUUGGUUCCUCUCAUCAGCUUCCUGUCUUUUUAAUUUUUGGCUUCUGCCAACUCUGUAAAGGAAUAGCUGGCUUCUUGUUUGAUAUGUAAAGGGAUGAAAAGGGUGCAUAUGACAAAGUCAUUUGCCCGUAUGCUGAUAUAUUUUUGAUACUCUGUAAAUAAAAUUCUAACGACUAUAGCUAACAAUGUGAUGAAUAAUAAUUGCCUUUUCCAUGCAAGGAUCAAGCAAAAUCUA